UCCCAAAAAAAAGUAAUAGCCCGCCUUAUAAAUUGUCCCAGUGAGAUAUUCAAAUGGAGAGAGUCGGUCUCGAGGUCUAGUUACCGUUGGCGACAGUCGGACAGAGAUCGAAAAUGCCGAAGAACAAUGAUAUCAUCAAAUCGAAAUCGAAAUCAAAGUCGACGAGGAAGCCACUCAGAGACGUCUCGAAUGGAGUCAAAUCUACGAAGAAGAAACCCCCUGAAGCCGAAGAUCGAGUCGGAGACGAUGCACUCGAUCGCCUCCUUCUUGUUCACUCCGAUCUCUCCUCUCUCCUUCAUCAGAUUGAUGAACUUGUUGUGCAAGCCCUUAAAUUUGAAGUGACAAACAAGAGGGGGAGAGAAGAAAUUGAAUCUUUUGCUCACCUCUUGUCUGAUAUGCACACUUCCUUAGAGCCAUGGGUUCCUAGAUUUCAGAAAGCACUUGCCUGUCCAUCCACAGGGUCCGAGAAUCAGUCGGAACAUUCUUUGGCGGGUAAAAAAACACUGCCCGCUGCAGAUGAUGAUAAAAGCAAUGUUGUUGAUAGCCCAUAUCAAACCAAGUUGGACUCAUUAGUCUCUCCAUCUCCUCUUGUGUCCUGGCGUGCUGACUGCACUACAGAGAGUGGUAGACAACUGUUCCUGCUCACACCUCUGCCCCGAGCAAAAGCAAGUUCAUUCAAAUUUCAGGGACCCUCAAAAUCAGUGUUUGAAAAUAUUACAUCCGAUAAUACUGUUGGGCUACCAUCUCUUCUUGCUUUAUCUGGACAUACAGAUGAUGAUUUGCUAGAAAGUGUAGUGAUAAAGCUAACUCCAAGUAAAGUGCCUGAUUCUGUUGUGACCAAAAAUGAAACUGCUAUGCAGAGUGGGUUUGUUUCUCCGGCCAAGUUUUCUCAAAGGGAUUGCUCUAUGUUUGUUAUGACUCCACGCCUGAAAAUGUCGCCACCCAAGUCCUGUGUAUUGCUUGAACCCAUUUCAGAGAUCUCUCACAAGGAUGUUCAUGGGGUCCAUAAAUCAACCCCAUUUCCUGUUGGAGUUCAAAAUUUAAGUGGAUCUCGAGAUUCUGAAUCUUCCAGCAAUCAAGUUUCAGAGCAUCUGGUCUUGAAGUAUCCGGAGCUAUUUGGAAUAAAAGCAGCUAAUAAGUUGGCAAACAGAAGGACAGUGGUAGAAGAAUCACCAAAUUGGUUUAUGUCACCUCCUAAAACUUGCAUUUUAAUGGAGCCUCCUGAUGAAAAUUUGUUGACCAACGCUGCUACCAAAUGCCAGGUGCCAAGAACUGCUUUCGUCAUUAAUCAGAGAACAUACUUACCCUCAAUGAAGGAAAAAAAUAAUCAAGACAGUCAAUUGCCAACCAAGAAAUCUUGUAUGCAAGCUGGAGGUGGCUCAAAAAUCAUCGAAAGCACUCCCAUGUGGAAGGAGCCUGAAAGCAUAGUUCGAGCUGGAAAGCGGCCAGGUGAGAACACCUUAAAGAAGGAGUUGUGGACAAAGUUUGAAGCAGCAUCAACUCAUGCCAUUCGCUUCAAUGUCUCUGUUCUUGAGGAGACUUCUCACAGAGGAUUUCUUGAUCUGUUGGAUGAGGCUUGUUGCGAAGAAAGAAGUCAAGGCCCUGAGGGUUUAAGAUAAUAAAUCUCAUUUUUCAUGUUACGAGAUUUUGAAACUGUAGGUGGUGUAUGGCUGGUGGUGUUAAGAAGCUCUGGAAUGGUUGUAUGUAUGUAUGUAUCCUUCUUAUGAGAUCAUCUAAAAGAAUUUUGUUUCGUGGACUAUGAAUGUUUUAAACCAA